UCCCGGCCGCAGCAGCAGCGCUCUGCCGAGGAGCGCACCGAGCUGCCCGGACACUGCGGUGGAGGUGACCGCGCUCGCUGCCGUCGCCGCGUCCCGCUUCAGGCGUCCCGGGCCGGGCAGGACGGAGCAGGACACCGCCGGGAGCCAUGGCCGAGUCCAACCCGCUGAGGGGCUUCCCCCGUCUGCGGCGGGCCGCGACCUCGUUUCCGGGGAAUCUGCAUUUGGUCCUGGUGCUCCGUCCCACUGGCAUGUCAAGCUCUGCCCCCAGUCCGUCCUCCAGCACUGACCUGGGCUUUCGCUUCAGCCAGAAUGACUUCCUGUUGAAAAUGCCGGUGGUGAUGCUGCGCUCCGUCAGCGACCUGCUCCGCUACAUCGAUGAAAACCACCUGGCAUCAGACUUCACUGCAAAAGUGGAGUAUUGCCAAAGCGACUGGCUUGUCCUCCGCUCGUCCAUCGAGACCUUUGCAGUGACGGUGAAAGAGAUCGCCCAGUUGCUGCAGCGGUUUGGAUCUGAACUGUCUGAAACAGAACUUCCAGAUGAAGCCAGUGCCAUUGAAUUCCUGCUGCACUCCCACACCCACCGAUACCGGCAGAUGAAGGACGAUAUCCGGGGUGUGCUGAAAGAGGGACGCCUGCUGGCGUCCAACCUGCAAACCGUCAAAACUGCGAAGAAAGACAUAGAGGACGAGAGGGAAAUACAAGUAGAUAUGGAAACUGUUCAAAGGCUGCUGGCCCAGCUCAGGGACAUGGAGGAAGCUUUUGAUGGCUUCUUUGAAAAACACCACCUGAAGCUGCAGCAGUACCUGCAACUGCUGCACUAUGAAAUCAGCUUCCAGCAGAUGGACGAGGUGCUGGAGUGGAUCUCCGCCCAGGAGAAAGACAUCGCCUCCGUGGGAACCACGGUGGUUCAGACUGAGCAGCUACUCAAAGACCUGCAGAUCCUGGACAAGCGCGCUCAGGAGGAGAUGGCUCGUGCCCAGGUGGUGAUCCUGCAUGGCCACCAGCUGGCUGCUAACCACCACUACGCUCUGGCUCUCAUCGUGCAGCGCUGCAACGAGCUGCGCCACCACUGUGAUGUCAUCACCACGGCCAUACGGACCAAGCGGGCCUCGCUGCACCGGAUACGAGACCUGCUGCUGCGCCUGGAACAGGCCCUUCGCUGGUGUGACGAGGGCGCCUAUCUGCUGGCCAGUCAGAUGGUGGACAAGUUCCAGACCCGAGAGGGCGCUCAGGAGGCGCUGCACUACCUGAGCUGCCACCAGGAGAGGGCGCCGUCCGUCCUGAGUUACAGCCAGGACACCCUGAGCCUGGAGUUCGAGGCCAUCCUCUCCCCUCAGCUGCAGUCCCAGAUCACCAUGGUAACAGAGAAGCUGAACUCGGUGCAGUGUAUGAUGAGAAACAGAGAGCAAUGUCUGAGGAAGCUGGCCGACCUGCAGGUCCGACCCAUACAGCUGGUGGCCCCCAGGCCGGACUCGGACCAGAACGUGCUGCGAUGCAAGUCCCCCCUCUUCUCCCCGAAGCACGGUGUAGACUUCAGCGUCUUGAACUCAAAGUUCUCCUUUGACCUGCUUCCUGGAAAAAAAGCCUCAAGGAAAAACAACAGCCAGCGCAAGAUUGAGGUGAUGCAUGAUUACCAAGGCAACCGCAGCAGUUUAUAUGGCCCCAAUCCUGAAACGGAUUCAGAGGCAGAGGACAAUCCAGAGCAGGCCACACGCCACAUUAUGAAGGAGCUGAUAGCUACAGAGAGGAUCUACGUGGAUGAGCUGCUCUCUGUCCUUCUGGGGUACAGGGCAGAGAUGGAGGACCCGUCCAUGUCUCAUCUCCUUCCCCCAGCUCUCAGCAGCCAGAAGGAUGUUCUGUUCGGCAACAUGCCAGAGAUUUACCAGUUCCACAGCAGGAUCUUCCUCCAAGAUCUGCAGAGUUGCCUGGAGGCUCCGGAGCGCGUGGGGGCCUGCUUUCUGCAGCGGAAGGAGAAGUUCAAGGUGUAUGAGCGGUACUGCCAAAACAAACCUCGCUCAGAGUUGCUAUGGAGACAGUGCUCUGAUUCGCCCUUCUUCCAGGAGUGUCAGAAGAAGUUGGACCAGAAGCUGGGUCUUGAUUCUUACCUCCUGAAACCCAUCCAACGGCUCACCAAGUACCAGCUGCUUCUCAAGGAGCUUCUGAAGCAGUGUGUGGAGCAGCGAUACCGCUGCGAGCUGCAGGAGGCGCUCAGCUCCAUGCUGGAGCUGGUUAAGUCCGUCAACGACUCCAUGCAUCAGACAGCCAUCACUGGAUAUCAGGGGGAUCUCAGCCAGCUGGGCCGCGUGGUGAUGCAGGGCGGCUUCAACGUUUGGAUCAGCCACAAACGGGCAGCGGUGCGAAUGAAGGAGCUGGCCAGAUUCAAACCCAUGCAGAGACACCUCUUCCUCUACGAGCACGCCAUGCUCUUCUGCAAACGCAGGGACGAGGACAACCAAGACAGGACGCCCUUCUACAGCUUCAAGUCCUGCCUCAGAAUGAGUGCAGUGGGAAUCACAGACACUGUGAAAGGAGAUGUGAAGAAAUUUGAAAUCUGCUACAGUGGUAGAGAAGUGGUGUACAUAGUCCAGGCUCCUACGAUGGAAGUCAAAGUCGCCUGGUUGACAGAGAUCCGAAAAAUUCUCACCAAUCAACAGAAACUACACCAAGACGACCCUCCUUCUCUUCCCCUUUCAGACAAUUCUCUCUCUGACAGUGCAUCAGAGAUGUGUGUGUCGUGGGCCGGCCCGUCGGUGGGAGGCUGCUCAGCGUGUCUUCCUGUUCCUCACAGCUCCCUGGCAAUGAGCCACUCCCAUGGGUUCAGAGCGGAGGAUUCCCCUCACUCCAGCCACGGCCACUCAGAGCCCGUGGUCCACUCACCUCAACGCAGUUGGGUUGUCUCUCAUCACUCAGUGGCGAUCUGUGAGGGCCUGGAGGACUGGGGCUCCACAGACGUCUCGGCCUUAUCAGACUCAGAGGAGGACGAGGAUCAGCCUGCCCCACUGGUGGCGGGCAGGUACAGAGUCCUGGUAGAGAGCAGCAUGGCCAGCACUGAUGACAUCAUCUUUAACUGCGGUGAUGUCAUACAGUUGAUGCACGAGGACUCGUCAGGAAUUUGGAUGGUAAAGAAUAUCAGUCGAGGUGAGGAAGGGCGGGUUCUGCCUGAAGACCUGCACAGGAUCCUGGGAGAGAUCUGCUGAGGGCCAAUCAAAACACAGGCUACAUGACACCGUGUUCAUUUUGAGCGUACAUACUAAUUUCUUUGCCCAAAUACUCGUCCACGCCCACAGGGCUACAUUUUCCAUCAACUUGCAAAGGAAAAGUGGGCACCUGACUCACUCAUGUGAGAGUGGAGGACAGCAUCAGCAGCUACUUUACUGUGACCGUUUCACCUCAGAAGGCUGGAAACUACCGAGUGGACCUCAGAAGAAUGUACAAACCAAGCCAUCUUUUUAUCUGCCUUUUCCAUAAGGAUGCAGUGGAUCAUUUGGACUGAGUGUUGAACGGCGGCUUGUUCAUACCCACAGCGUGGACUUUUCUUUAAGAACUUAUAUCAUUUCUAUUUUCUUAUGAAAUAUCACAUAAAGGUUACACAUGCCUAAUGACAUAUCAUUCAUGUGCCAAACAACUCAGCCAAUCACUGCAGCUACUUUUUGUGUUGAACUGUCAGUCAUACGGUAGAAAAUAGCUUUAUCUUUGGUGUGUUUGUUUCGUUGGCCUUUUUGCUUGUUGAAGAAUCAUCCAAUCCUUUCGGAAAUCGCCAUGGUUACUCCACCACAAAAGUGAGCACUGAUUGUUUUCCACCUCCAUUUACAUGACACAAUAAAGCAAAAAGAAAGGGAGGAAAAAGAAAAUCACACGGAUUUGAGCUGAGCUGUUGCAGAUCCUUCAGCUUUCUACAUUCCUAGUCGCCAUCAUGAGGAUGUUGAUAAAAGAAAAAGCUCAACGCAUACUCUUCUUUUUUGUUUCUAUGGCUGCCAUCAAGAUGUGCAAAUUUCCCCUCUGUGGGACUAUUAAAGGAUUUCUUAUCUUAUCUUAUCUUAUGUGUUAUAGUGGAUGAGGCUUGUGAUGUUAUAAUUCUAGUCGCGUCCCAGAGCAGUUUUUACGACUGGGUCCCCAGAGAGAUACUCAAAUCCUUGUAUUUUCUUAUUCUUUCAAACAGUUUUACACUUAUUCUCAGAAGAUAUUUCUCCUUUCCCUCUAAAGCUUGAAAAGAUGGGAACCUGUCAUCAGUCAUAAUGCAUGCAAACAAUGGUGACAUUUUGGAGGUGAUGCAGACAUGAGAGAGUAACUUUUUUUAAUUUGUUUACAUUGAAAUCCCUCAGGGUGUUAAUGACCAAACUGAAUCCAGUUUUGCUUCAGUUCAAUAAUAUUGUGCAUCGUGGCACACAGGGAUGCUUCUGUGAGAGACAGCCUUCAUUUUAUCUGUACUAUCUGUACUUUUAUCUGUACUAUCCGUACUAGAGAAAAAGGUGGCUUUAACUUUGUUGUCCAUAUGAUAAAAGUUUUUUUUCUUCAUUAAUGAUCAGUGCUGCAGACUAGCGAAGAAUCAGAGAAAGCUACGUUGAGCUUUGCCGUUAACAAUUCAGUACCUUGUUUAUGGAAGGUUCCCCAGCCUCUUCCAUUACCGCGGAGAUGAGACUAGCUUGUUUGUAACUGCAUGGACGAUAUCACUCCCGGCACGUGUAACACUUUUAUUUUUUUGACUUUGUUUCUAUUUUACUUCAACAGAGGAACAAUGCUCAAUGUUGGGUCCUAACUGUAAAAAGCAUUGUAAAAAUGUCACAGAUUACUUUUGUAGAAUGAGAUCCCUAAAUUCUUUAAAUGAAAUCUUUGGGGGAGCAGUAGGACAGGAGGAUGUUUAAAUGUUACUGCCUGUUUGAAAGCAGCUUGGAAACAUUACAAAAUGGAGCUUGUUAAGCAUUUACGAGGCUGUUUAACUAAAGUGUGAAAGGGUCAUGAAAACACUGCCACUUUACCGCCUCAAAACACCGGGGCUCACCUCUGUGGGCAGACAGACGAGUGUAAAUACAUCACUGGCAGCCGUGGAAGACAAUUCCAGUAAAUAGAGAGUAUGUAAAUGAUAAAAGUGUCAACUGUAAUUGUUUAUAGACUAGUUGUCGUCAUAGAAAUCCGUACCUUGUCAGUCUGGCACUGAUACUCUGCUAUCAAGCAAUGAAAUUGAACAAUUUUGAAAAAUUCUUUCCUACUGUGUUAAUUGUAUUCCUACAAAUGAGCUUUAGUCCUGCUGGUAGUGCUAAAUUCAAGAUUUACUCUUAUUUACUAAAUAAUGUGUGGUCACUGAUUAAGAAAAAAAAUCAAUAAAUAGAAAUUGCUGCAUUCAGUUGAUUUGAGUUCCACUUCUAUGCUACAUUGUGACAUAACAAGUUGUAAAUGGAUUUACUCAAACUUCUCCCAUCCUGUAAACUGGUGUUCAUUGCUUUUUGCUCCUGUUUGCACUUUCUUUUUGAUAUUUUGAAUCAUAGAGAGAGCCUGUAUAAUAAUGCAUAAUGUAUAUGUUUAUUUUCUGAAAUAUAAGCACACAA